CCGAAGUAUAUAAGUUCUCUCCCUCUUUCGCACCAUCGCUCAAAGCGACAGCAUCGACCGUCGGGUGGCUGAUAUACCGCAGACACUCCUGUCUUUUUCACCAAGUGGUUCGAAUCCCGCUAAUCCAGAACCAACAAUGAGCGAUCUGGCAGAGCUGUACGCCAAGCUUCAGGCGUCGGAGACCUGUAAGUCUCUGCUGAAGAAGCACCUGACGCAGGAAAGAUAUGAGGAGCUGAAGGACAAGAAGACAUCCUUCGGCGGCACUCUGGCCGACUGCAUUCGCUCCGGAUGCGAGAACCUGGACAGCGGAGUUGGUAUCUAUGCCUGCGAUCCAGAGGGUUACACUGUCUUCGCACCUGUUCUGGAUGCUGUCAUCAAGGACUACCACAAGGUUGACAAAUUGGACCAUCCGCCGUCAGACUUUGGAGUCGACAAGAUCGACUUCGGAGACCUGGACCCUGAGGGCCAGUUGAUCGUCUCCACCCGUGUGCGCGUGGGACGCAGCCACGCCAGCUUUGGCUUUCCCCCCGUGCUGAAGAAGGAGGACCGUCUCGCCAUGGAAAAGGUAACUGUUGAGGCUCUCAACACUCUGGAGGGAGAGCUGAAGGGUACCUAUUAUCCUCUGACGGGCAUGAGCAAGGAGACACAGAAACAGUUGACAGAUGACCACUUCCUGUUCAAUGACAGUGACAGGUUCUUGCGGGCAGCAGGCGGCUACAACGACUGGCCCACAGGCCGUGGAAUUUUCCACACGCCCGACAAGAAGUUCCUGGUGUGGGUCAACGAGGAGGACCACCUGCGUUUCAUCUCUAUGCAAAUGGGCGGCAACCUCAAAGAAGUCUACGUGAGACUCGUCAAGGCCAUCCAGACCCUGGAAAAGAAACUGACUUUCGCCAAGCGGGAGGGUCUGGGCUACCUGACCUUCUGUCCCUCCAACCUGGGAACUACGCUUAGGGCGUCUGUCCACAUCAAGAUCCCCAAACUGUCUCAGACCCCUGACUUCAAGGCCUUCUGUGACAAGUACAACAUCCAGGCAAGAGGUAUUCACGGCGAGCACACAGAGAGUGUUGGUGGUGUGUACGACAUCUCCAACAAGCGGCGGCUGGGUCUCACUGAGUUCCAGGCCAUCCAAGAAAUGAGGAGAGGAGUUGAGGCAGUCAUCGCUGAGGAGAAGAAGUUGUCUGGAAAACCAAAUCACCAGCAUUACUAUACCUUGAAAGAGUCUGUGGUCGAGAUGGCAAGCGACUCUGAAGAGCUCUUCAAGAAGGUAGCUGAGAUCAAGGACUCCCUGCUAAAGAAACACCUGACCAAAGACCUCUUUGACGAGCUGAAGGACAAGCAAACCUCGUUUGGAGGAACUCUGGCAGACUGCAUUCGUUCAGGAUGUGAGAAUCUGGACAGCUGGGUUGGCAUUUUAGCCAGCGAUCCAGAGGCUUACACUGUCUUCGCACCAGUUCUAGAUGCCAUCAUCAAGGACUGCCACAAGGUCGAAGAGUUGAACCAUCCGCAGUCAGACUUCGGGGUCGACAAGAUCGACUUCGAUGAGCUUGACCCUGAGGGCAGCAUGAUAAUCUCCACUCGCGUGCGCGUGGGGCGCAACCACGACAGUUAUGGCUUUCCACCCGUACUCAGCAGGGAGGAUCGGAUUGCCAUGGAGAAGAUGACUGUAGAGGCGCUCAACACCCUAGAAGGAGACCUGAAGGGUACCUAUUACCCUCUGACAGACAUGAGCAAGGAGACAGAAAAACAGUUAACAGAGGACCAUUUCCUCUUUAACGACAGUGACAGGUUCCUACAGGCAGCAGGAAACUACAACGACUGGCCCAUAGGCCGUGGGAUUUUCUACUCUCCCGACAAGAAGUUCUUCUGGGUCAACGAGGAGGACCACCUACGAUUCAUCUCUAUGCAAAUGGGCAGCAACCUCAAAGAGGUCUACGUGAGACUCGUCAAGGCCAUCAAGACUUUGGAGACAAAACUAACCUUCGCUAAGCGGGAGGGUCUGGGCUACCUGACCUUCUGUCCUACCAACCUUGGAACUACGCUGAGGGCGUCUGUCCACAUCAAGAUCCCCAAACUGUCUCAGACCCCAGACUUCAAGACCUUCUGUGACAAGCACAACAUCCAAGCACGAGGUAUUCACGGCGAGCACACAGAGAGUGUUGGUGGUGUGUACGACAUCUCCAACAAGCAGCGGCUGGGUCUCACUGAGUUCCAGGCCAUCCAAGAAAUGAGGAGAGGAGUUGAGGCAGUCAUCGCUGAGGAGAAGAAGUUGUCUGGAAAAUAGGCAGCAACAACUUUCAUCCCUACCUGCUCUACCCAAUCCAGUUACCGACCCUGAACCUUGUGUGCGCCUGGCAGCCAUCUUGUGCAAAGCAUUGUGGUCCAGGCCCAAGCAGAACAUUCCUACCCAGCGCACAAACAAGGGAUGCAGUUUUUUGAAAAGAUAAAUGUCACGGUUUAAAUGUUGAAGGUGGCAUAGAAGGCAUCACAAUAGGAAAAAAGUAAUAGGAGUAGCUCAAGAAGUAAGUUUUGUCUUGUCUAUUACUUUCAAGCAGUAAAACACGAUAAAGGUAAACAAAUAAC